GUGUAAAGUAACGUGACUUUUAAACAUUUCAACCAAUCAAUGAUGAAUGACAGCAAGUGAUCACAUUUGAGGUGACUUUCUAUCGAUUGGCUGCUAUAAGCUUAAGCUGUGGGAGAGUGAGUGAGUGAGUGUAUGAGUGAGUGACUCGUUGUUGUGUUCAACUGAAUGUAUGUAUGUAUUGGAUGUGUGAGAGACCCACACAUCACACACAACACUGUUGGCCACCAUUUGAACGAAACCUCUUGUGAUGAGUGAAUGACUAAAAGUAUUGGAUAUCUUUUGGUGACACCGAUUCACUGACCAAAUAUAUACCGGUUUUCUGGUUGUGUACUCAUCAGUGCCGACGGACAACCAGUUUAGCCGAUUAUAAUGUAUAACUCAAGACAUCCGGGACCGCCACAAGCGGGACAACCGUUUAAAUUCACGGUAACGGAAACGUGUGAACGAAUUAAGGAAGAGUUCAACUUUCUUCAGGCACAGUAUCACAGUUUAAAGCUUGAAUUGGAGAAAUUGGCGACAGAAAAGACUGAAAUGCAAAGACAUUAUGUUAUGUAUUACGAAAUGUCUUAUGGAUUGAAUGUAGAAAUGCAUAAACAGACCGAAAUAGCAAAGCGUUUGAAUGCAAUUAUUGCACAAAUAUUACCCUUUUUGUCACAAGAGCACCAACAACAAGUUGCCAGUGCUGUUGAGAGGGCCAAACAGGUUACUAUGACUGAACUCAAUGCCAUUAUCGGGCAACAAAUACAUGCCCAACAACUCCAAUCAGCCCACUCUCACGGGCCUCCAUUGCCAAUGAUGCCCCACCCGGGCCUACCCGGACUCCCGCCAUCAGCCGCAGCCGCCUUAUCUGCCGGAAUGCCACCUUCGGGAGCAACAGCUGCUGGUCUUUUGGCUCUAUCAGCAUCAGGAUCUCUUCCGGGCGCCUCCUCAGUGACGGCUAAUAAUAAUUCGACUCAUUUGCCAGGACUCCCACCAUCUCUUUCUAAAGAAGCUUUUAAUCGGGAAAACAAUGAGAAGCGACCACUUAAUGAUGAAAGACGGGAAAUAUCAUCAUUUUCUCCGCAUUCGGAGCGUACGAGACAUAGAAGUCGUUCUCCAGAAGUCGAUAAAAAUUCUAAGAGAAGAUCUAGAGAUACGGAGAAAAGUGAUGCAAAUGGCAGUGAAGACGAAAAGAGCGAUCAGGAUUUGGUUGUAGAUGUGGCUAAUGAGGAGCCAAUCUCUCCUCGCAAUGGUGAUCCUUCACCACACGAAAACGGGUCUGAUGUCCGUAUUAAGCGGGAACGAGAGCGGCCGCCCUCCCGAUCGGGAUCGUCGUCUAACAGCAGUACUCCUCUGUCAACAAAACCAAAAGAACAUUCUGGUGACAAACCUCCCACUCCUUUGUCUAAACCGAUUACUCCUACAAGUUCUGGUUCGACAACUCCGAGUUCGAGUACUAAUAAGACACCCAAAGCUAUUGGGCCUUCUUAUCCAUAUUUACACGGCGCACCUGCUGGGCACCCAUCAUUACCAGCUGAUCUUAGUGUAGCUGCCGGUGCUUAUCCACAAGGAUUAUUGCACAACAACAUUAAUCCCGCUCUCAAUUCAUAUCCACGAGGAUUAGUUCCUGGAUAUGAUGCCCAUCCCUCACUCCGAACUCCUGGCUUUAUACCCGGAGGAAAGCCUGCUUAUUCAUUCCAUGUGAAUGCUGAGGGUCAAGUACAACCCGUUCCCUUCCCACCCGAUGCUCUCAUCGGUUCGGGGAUUCCUCGACACGCCAGACAAAUAAAUACUCUAAAUCACGGAGAAGUUGUUUGUGCCGUCACUAUCAGUAAUCCCACUAAAUAUGUAUACACUGGGGGUAAAGGUUGUGUUAAAGUGUGGGAUAUCAGUCAACCCGGGAAUAAAAGUCCUGUUUCUCAAUUGGAUUGUUUGCAAAAAGACAAUUAUAUCCGUUCGUGUAAACUGUUACCCGACGGUAGAACUCUUAUAGUUGGAGGAGAAGCCAGUACUAUAUGUAUAUGGGAUUUGGGCGCUUCGAUACCCCGAAUUAGAGCUGAAUUGACAUCAUCUGCACCGGCAUGUUAUGCAUUGGCUAUUAGCCCCGAUUCGAAAGUUUGUUUUAGUUGUUGCAGUGAUGGAAAUAUCGCAGUUUGGGAUCUUCACAAUCAAACACUCGUUCGCCAAUUUCAAGGACAUACAGACGGGGCAUCUUGUAUUGACAUCAGUAAUGAUGGCAAUAAACUAUGGACUGGUGGUCUCGAUAAUACUGUCCGAUCGUGGGAUCUCAGAGAGGGUCGUCAACUACAACAACACGACUUCUCUUCACAAAUAUUUUCACUUGGAUUUUGUCCAACUGGUGAUUGGUUGGCUGUCGGAAUGGAGAGCAGUAAUGUUGAAGUACUUCAUUGCUCUAAACCCGACAAAUAUCAGUUGCAUUUACACGAAAGUUGUGUAUUAUCGCUAAAGUUUGCCAAUUGUGGCAAAUGGUUUGUCAGCACCGGUAAAGACAAUCUAUUGAAUGCUUGGAGAACACCAUACGGAGCGUCCAUUUUUCAGUCAAAAGAGUCUUCGUCAGUACUGAGUUGUGACAUCUCAUCUGAUGACAAAUAUAUAGUUACCGGUUCUGGAGAUAAAAAAGCAUCACUUUAUGAAGUCAUCUAUUAAUAUAUUUUUAAUUUUUUGUGGUAUCAAUUGUUUUCUUCAUUGACAUAAUAUUAUA